AUGCCCAUUGUCACGGCAGCCACAACUUUGCGACGGUCUCUCCAAGACCCCAAAUCAUUCAUCGUUGCGCCGGGUGUUUACGAUGGUCUUUCGGCUCGGAUUGCCUUGUCCGUGGGCUUUGAUGCUCUGUACAUGGUUCAGACUGGCGCAGGGACGGCUGCCUCGGCGCAUGGUCAAGCCGACCUUGGCAUCUGCACCCUGAAUGAUAUGCGCGCGAACGCGGAGAUGCUUGCCAGCAUCUCUCCAUCCACCCCUGUGAUCGCGGAUGCAGAUACCGGGUACGGCGGGCCGAUCAUGGUCGCUCGUACAACAGAGCAGUAUUCGCGCUCAGGCGUUGCCGCCUUUCACAUCGAGGAUCAGGUGCAGACCAAGCGCUGUGGGCAUCUUGCGGGUAAGAUCCUGGUGGACAAGGAGACAUAUGUGGCGCGCAUCCGGGCCGCGGUGCAGGCGCGGAAACGCAUGGGCAGUGACAUCGUCGUCAUUGCGCGGACCGAUGCUCUUCAGGGUCACGGGUAUGAGGAAAGCAUGGCGCGACUGCGGGCGGCCCGGGAUGCGGGUGCAGAUGUAGGCUUCCUUGAGGGGAUCACGUCAAGAGAGAUGGCCCGACAGGCGGUGCAGGAGCUGGCGCCAUGGCCUAUGUUGUUGAAUAUGGUUGAGCAUGGGGCCACACCGUCGAUCUCGGCGGAUGAGGCCAGGGAGAUGGGGUUCCGAAUGAUCAUCUUCCCAUUUGCAGCGAUUGGGCCUGCUUUGACCGCAAUCCGGGAGGGUAUGGAGAAGCUCAAGAGAGACGGGCUGCCAGGCCUGAGCAAGGACUUGACGCCGCAGGUGCUGUUCCGGACAUGCGGACUGGACGCAAGUCUCAAGGUGGAUGCAGAGGCGGGGGGAGCAGCAUUUGAAGGUGGAGUGGACCUGGAGGAUAAAGAGUAG